AAACUGUAGCAUAAAAUCGGAAGUCUUCCAGAGUUUCCCAGUUUCUGCUUCAAGAAACAAUUUUCAUCUAAAGUCGUUUCAUUUUGUGCUUCUUCACUUUAAGUAUCAUUUUGUGGAAUAAAACAAAUAGUUAAUUGUUGCAAUCAUGUUUAAUUUUAAAGUUACAUUUUUAGUCUUCCCUUUAAUCAUCAGUUGUCUAGUUAUCCAAGGGAACGGUCAAGUUGCUGACAGCGCAGCAAGUGCACAAAAUGGCUCAGCAGCUGCAGCAGCAUCGUCAUCGUCAUCAUCAACAUCAUCAAAAUCAUCAAAAUCAUCAUCAGAAUCCGAUGGUAAGGGUAUUUCAAACCAAAAUUCAAACGCUAAUACUAAUGCUGCUUCAAAUGGUAAUUCAAACUCCAAUCAAAACGCUAACCAAAAGGCUAACUCGAACAUUAACGCCGAUUCAAAUGGUGGCUCAAACUCAAACGAAAAUUCAAGCAGUAACACUAACACAGUUACUAACACAAACACUAACGCUAACUCAAAUAAUAAUUCAAACACCAACGCAAAUGCAAACGUAAAUGCAAACGCAAACGCUAAUUCAAACGGUUAUUCGAGCGCUAAUGCAACCUCUAAUUCAAAUGGUGGUCCAAAGAAGUAUCCAGCUUGUCCUGCCAAGCCAAAUGGAUCGGAUCGUUAUGGCCCAUCACGUAUACUUCUCAGUCGAUAUGAAAAUGGCUAUGGUGGUUACACUGGAGAUUUGAAGGACCAAGCCCCCAAAAAAUCACCUUUAAGAGAGACUUUGAAUCAAGGUGCUCGAUUGCUCUGUCUUCUUGCCGAAAUUGGUGCAAAUUUAAUUGCUGAUUAUGCUGAUGCGGGCCUUUCUGACAUGGAUCUUUCAAAAAUGGGUCUUCCUAAUAUGGACUUUCUCAGCAUGGGAUGAGCAUUUCUCCGUAAAAAACAAACCAGAAAAUUCAAUUGAUGUCCCCUUAUCCUCAAUCAUAACCUUUUGGUAACUGGGCCAAUUAUGAAGAAUAGAAAGCAAUUUGUUGAUGAUACAUUUACUUUUGAGUGAAGUUAAUUCCUCUCUGUGUAUUUUAAAGACUUAUUAAAAACAAUUAAAAUUAAUCCAAA